GCAAAAUUGAUUCCAUACUUCCAAUUGAUGGACCUCCUACAUCAAUGGAAGCUGGCGCGGGCGCACAGCUACACAUGACCAGUAAUACCCAACCGUUUCGAAUUCGGGAUUACUCUCUUUUCAGAAGCCUCAACCGACAGAACAAAGAAGUUUUCCCCUUCCCUUCCCUGCUUCUCUUCCGGGGGUAAUCUCUGUUUCUAGUCUACCAUUUCCAAUUCCAGUACUUAUUUUGUUUUCAUUUUUGAAGAGUAUUACACGAAAAGAAUCGAAUUGUUGGGAUUGGGAAACAUUUUUCUGGUUAUUUCUGUUUUCAUGCACUGAGUUUUUGGGUGUAAAGAAUGAGAGAAACUCAAAACUCAAAACUCAAGACUCAAAAGGGAUGGUAGAUACCCUCCCUUCAUGGAUGAUUGCAGCCGCAUCAAGAAUUGCUUUCGACGGGGAAGUUUCUUCAAUGCCUGAGGCCAUGUUAACAGGGAGGAGGAAAGUUUCCCCCUCCCAACCUAACCACUCUAACACCUUUUCUGAUGUUCAUUUGGGUUUCGGAGAACGUGCCUUCUCUGCAGCUGGUGCAGCCUUUCUGUCUGUAAUCCUUGUUAAUCCCCUUGACGUCGCCAAGACAAGGUUGCAAGCUCAGGCUGCUACAGAUCCUUAUUCACAUUCAGGACAUCAUGUCAACGGUUGUAUGGCGUCUCUUGGACCAGAAAGGAUGUAUUCAGAUUUGAAAUGUUCUCCAUCAUGUACCCGUGCUGGAUAUUUUGGUGCUGAAAUGGCUUGCACUCCUGAGUGUUCUCGGUACAAAGGAACAAUGGAUGUCUUUUACAAGAUUAUUCGACAGGAAGGAGUUGGGAGACUGUGGAGAGGUACGAAUGCAAACUUAGCACUGGCAAUCCCAACUGUGGGGAUUUACUUGCCAUCCUAUGACAUUCUCCGCAACUGGAUCGAAGCAUUCACAACCAAGAAUUCUCCUAGUUUGACACCAUAUGCCCCCUUAGUUGCAGGAUCAGUGGCACGAUCUUUAGCUUGCAUUACCUGCUAUCCAAUUGAAUUAGCAAAAACACGCAUGCAGGCAUUCAAAGAAACUCAAACUGGUGUCAAGCCCCCAGGAGUUCGGAAGACCCUACUUGGAGUGCUUUCCCCUGUUAGGAACACAAAUAAGAACCUUAAAAACUUACAAAACUACCGCAUCUUGUGGACAGGUGUAGGAACACAACUUGCUCGGGAUGUUCCCUACUCUGCAAUUUGCUGGUCAACCCUUGAGCCAAUAAGGAGAAAAAUCCUUGUUAUGGUUGGUGAGGAAGCUAAUGCAGCAAGCAUCCUUGGGGCAAAUUUCUCUGCUGGUUUCAUUGCUGGUAGUCUUGCUGCUGCUGCUACGUGUCCCUUGGAUGUUGUGAAAACUCGAAGACAAAUUGAGAAAGAUCCAAGGAAAGCAAUGGGAAUGACGACUAGGCAAACGUUAAUGGAGGUCUGGAGGGAUGGAGGAAUAAAGGGGCUCUUCAUGGGUGUUGGCCCACGUGUUGGUCGUGCCGGUCCAUCAGUUGGGAUUGUCGUUUCUUUUUAUGAGGUGGUGAAGUAUGUUCUAUACCAAAGAAGUGAAACAUCAUGACAAAAUGGUAGCUCUUGAUAAUAUCUAAGAUUACAGUCCUUAACAACCUCCUCUCUCUUCUCUUCCGGUGAAGUGAAGCACUGAGCAAAGGACAACCUAGAGGCAAAACUAAUAUCUGAAUAAUGUGGUUGAACCAUCCUCAUUGACUGAGGCACGGUGCUGACGGAUCUUUUUUUCUUUGUUCUUGGUCAAAUCCAAUCCAAUUUUGGCACUUGUAAUUAUGAAAAGAUUACUUAUUAAUACAUUUGAAAUUUUAUUAAGCCGGGCAUUCAGCAAGCAUUAUUUUUGCUAGCAGUCUGGUGCAGUGAGUCUCACAAGCGAGGCAUACUUCAAGGAGUCCGGAUUAGCUGCACUUGACAGUUGUGUUUGGGGUUCUGUAAGCAUACGUU